CGCAAGCCCAAUUCCCCAACAUCAUCUGCUCCUAGCCAUCUGAAAUAAGUAAACAAAUAAAUAAAUCGAAGCCCUUGAUAGUCGAGACUCAAAAAAGGAGUCUCAUUUUCUUUCUUCUGUCCUUUCCCGUGCAAAUGUCAGCCGGAUUCGGAAAAUGCAGCAAAAUCCGCCACAUUGUGAGGCUCCGCCAAAUGCUGCGACGGUGGCGCAACAAGGCUCGCAUGUCAGCCAAUCGCAUACCGUCAGACGUACCGUCCGGACACGUGGCGGUCUGCGUGGGCACCAGUUGCAAGAGGUUCGUGGUGCGCGCGACCUACCUGAACCACCCCGUCUUCAAGAAGCUCCUGGUCCAAGCUGAAGAAGAGUACGGGUUCGCCAACCAGGGCCCUCUAGCUAUCCCUUGCGACGAGAAACUGUUCGAGGAGGUGCUACGAUUCAUCUCGGGUCCCGAGUCUAGUAAAUCGGCCCGGUUGGUGAACCUGGAGGACUUUCAGAGGUCCUGCCACGCCGGCAUCAGGAGCAAUCUUGAUUUCUGGCCCGAAUCUCGACCUUUGCUUCAUGGACUCGCCGAGAAAACCAUCGGGUAAGUCGGUUCUUACAUCUUACGCUGACGUGGAUCACUCCGAGUUGGCUCCUGCUCAAGGGAAGCCCCUCUCCGAAAAACUCAAUUGAACGGAUAAAGAAAGUCGUCGCCGAGUACAUACUGCACUUGACUCAGCCGAGUUAACCAGUGAGGCUUGCUCUUUUUAUUUUAUUUUUUGAAAAUAUGUUAAUUAUUGGUAGUGGGUUUGAAGUAAAUCACUGAGCCGAGUACCAUCUAAUGCUCCGGAGGAUACCGAAGGAGAUGGCAACCGGGUGGCGAGUUACCACCGAGUCGUCCCGGAUUCAAAUCCGAGUAUAUCUGGGAAAUAAUGAAAAAAAAAGUAAGAGAGGCACUUUCAUCUUUUCGAAGCAAAGGCAAGGAAGUGAUGACCGGUGAUUUGGGUCACUUAAUGUAAAUUCUAUCAUUUAAUUGAUUAAUUAAUGGAAAUGUCUGUAGAGAAAUUCCCAAUCA